CGGAAGAAGCUUCAUCUCUGUACUGGAUCUUAAUUUCUCUUUUUGUGCAUUGUUAUUUCUCAUCCUCCACUUUGGAAAUCGCCUUGUCCUUCCGCUGGGAUUUAUUCGCAGGGACCUUCUGGAUUUUCUGGCUUGUGGGGAAACGUUGCUUUGCUGGAAGAAAGGAAAGGAAGAAAAAAAAAACCCACCACUUUUUCUGGCAUCGCCUGGGCUGUUUUUUCCCCCCUUUUGCGCCACUGUGGAUUAUAAUUGCAACAUGACUCUGGAAGAGCUGGUGUCUUGCGAUAACACACAAAACAAGAUGAAGUCAGUAAGUGAAGCUGUGGAACAGCUCCUGGUGGCCGCCCAGAGGCAGGGGGCCUUGACAGUUGGGGUCUACGAGUCUGCCAAACUCAUGAAUGUGGACCCGGACAGCGUGGUCCUCUGCUUGCUGGCCAUCGAUGAAGAAGACGAGGAUGACAUUGCCCUGCAGAUCCACUUCACGCUCAUCCAGGCCUUUUGCUGCGACAACGACAUCAACAUCCUGCGCGUGUCCGGCAUGGAGCGGCUGGCGGCCGUGCUGGGAGACGGUUCCCAGGACACCGCGGAGCCACAGGACCUGCAUUGCAUCCUGGUGACGAACCCGCACACGGAUUCCUGGAAGACCCAGGGCCUGGCAGAGGUUGCCAGCUACUGCGAAGAGAGCCGCUGCAACAACGAGUGGGUGCCCUAUGUCACCCUCCAGGCUCGCUGAGCCGUCCCACGAUGCCCCCUUGCCGACUGG